CGCUCAUCAGUGCAACGCGCCGAGCAGUUCCCCCCCUUUAAACCCCCCAUCUCUGCUCCAUUUGUCCCCUUGUCCUCCAGAGACAGGGGAUUUCGCAUUGCACUCCUUCGGCGCAAACCAGCAAGUCACGUCUCGCUGUGUGGUUCCAUUUUUUUUUUUUUUUUUUUUUUGCGGGUGGCAGGUGUCCCGGUGCGUCGUCGUCCGAACACCGGACAAGUGAUGCUUUGAGAGGUGCGCUGUUGCUCCCCCCCCCCACCCCCUGUCGCUUCACAUCUCUGCAGCAAAACCGGGCUGGAAAUGGUCCUAUGCUCAACUAACCGGCGGAGCUCAGAGGUUAGACUCUCAGUCAACAGAGGGUCACAGCCACAAACACAUCACCCACCCUCCUCCCGGCUGGCAAGAGACGUCCAUCUGCCUGCGUUCAUCUAAACAGCAGUGAAGACAGACAGGAAACUUACAGUGUAGUGGUACUGCCUGUGUGUGUGUGUGUGUGAGAGAUAGAGAGAGAGUGUGUCAGCGCUUCAGUGCCUUUAGUGUUCCCCCAAGCGCUCUACUGAGUGUGUGUGUGUGUGUGUGUGUGAGUGUGCUCAAUGAUGUGUGGCUGUGUCAAGGUGGAGAAUUAAGAGAAAGACAGGACCUGAUCAAGUCAGCAAAACCGAGCCAACUGCUGCGUAUGUGUCAGGGUUGAGCAGUCCAGCACGUGAGACAAAGUGUGUGUGUGUGUGUGUGUGUGUGUGUGCGUGUGUGUGUGUGUGAGGGGGCUAGUGUUGACCAGGCUAUGAGUGCAUCUCAGAGGGAGAGGCCGUUUGAUGCUGAGUUGAGCUAAGGGGAGCAUAACAGGAGAAUCUGUAAGAGGAGGCAGCCAUGGGGCUCGGACAGUCCAGCAAGGCUCCGGUCACCGAUGACACAGACGAGGUAAAUUUCGACCACUUCCAGAUCCUGAGAGCAAUAGGAAAAGGAAGCUUCGGAAAAGUCUGUAUUGUACAGAAGAAGGACACUAAGAAGAUGUACGCCAUGAAGUACAUGAACAAGCUAAAAUGCGUGGAGCGGAAUGAAGUGAGGAACGUCUUAAAAGAGCUGCAGAUCAUGCAGAACCUUGAACAUCCUUUCCUGGUCAACUUCUGGUAUUCCUUCCAGGAUGAGGAGGAUAUGUUUAUGGUGGUGGACUUACUUUUGGGAGGAGACCUGCGCUAUCACCUCCAGCAGAACGUCCACUUCUCAGAGAGCACUGUCAAACUCUACAUCUGUGAAUUGGCCCUGGCCCUGGGAUACCUACGCACCAAGCGCAUCAUACACAGAGACAUCAAACCGGACAACAUACUACUGGAUGAACAUGGACACGUCCAUCUUACAGACUUCAACAUCGCAGCAAUUGUAAAAGAAGACCUAAAAGCAACCUCCAUCGCUGGGACCAAGCCAUACAUGGCUCCGGAGCUUUUUCAAACCUUCGAGGGGUCCCACCCUGGCUACUCCUUCUCUGUCGACUGGUGGUCACUGGGCAUCACAGCCUAUGAGCUACUAAGAGGACAGAGACCAUAUGUGAUGAGAUCCAGUACACCAGCUAAUGAGAUCCUUCAGACCUUCCACAAGGUCCACCCCAGCUACCCAGUCGCCUGGUCUUUGGAGAUGAAGUCUCUUCUCAGAAAGUUGCUGUGCAUAGAUGUCCAGAAGCGCAUUUCCUGUCUAGCAGAGCUGCAGGAUCUGGACUACAUGUCAGAUGUCAACUGGGACGCUGUGCUCAGCAAACAGCUUCCUCCAGGCUUUAUUCCCAACAGGCGGAGACUAAACUGUGACCCCACAUUUGAGCUGGAGGAAAUGAUCCUGGAGUCCAAACCGCUUCACAAGAAGAAAAAAAGGCUUGCUAGAAAAACCAAGGACCAGGGAUCUGAUGGGUCCCCACAAAAUGGUCAGUUGCAGCAGCGAUUGGAUAAUGUCCAGAGAGACUUCAUUGUCUUCAACAGAGAAAAGUCAAGGAAAGCAGUGGUGGACUCAGACUCCUCUGAGUUGUCCAUGAGUGAGAAGAACAAGGCAAUAGAGGAUGGACAGAACAACAAUGUUGAACCGGCUGCCUACUUAUCAGGAUAAGUCUCAUGACCCGAGAUCCCUACCAACUCCCUUAUCACUUGCAUCUGUCCACAGCUUGUAGAUCAGCUAGUUACACACAGACACCUAUUGUUAUAUCAGCACAGGCACUCAAAUGCGGUCUUCAAUGUUCCUGCACCACUACAUUGUCUAUACAAACGCAAAUGCAGUAUGCAUCACGGUUCAUCCACAAAAAACACAUAACAAUAGCUCCAGAACUGCAGGAGUGAAACGGGACUCCUGGAGCAGCAGCCAUGCCACAGCCAGACUUUUCGCUUUGCUGUCACCAAGAAGAAUGAUUCUCAACAGAGUGUCACUCACAUCAUGCUCCCUUACAUCACUCUGGUGCUCUAAGGUCUGCUCAACCUCUACUCUGGGCAGUUUGCUGAAGUGAAGAGGAAGUCACUCCCCUGCCGAAAAGGAAAUAAUGCCGCAUCUGCUCAGCUGUUACAGAAAAUAAAAGACUGAUGUAGUCAACUAUGGCUGAAAGCUGUAUGUGCUGCUGCUGUCUUGGGCGAGAAACUCAGAUUUUUCAGUUCAGCGAGGUAUUUUCUGGUUAAUUACAGUUAAAUAUAACACUAGUUAUCCAGUGCUACAUAGGAAUGGACUUAACAAGACAAAAAACAAACACUUGUGUGGCUGCAUCUACAUGACGUGAGAGUCGAGCAUGACACUAAGAGUAAAAAAGAUUAAAAUGGAGAGGUUGAUAGGGUAAAACGAGGCCUUUGUUUUUAAGACAGCAACCACAGAUUCCUCUAAGAUAGAAAAUAGAGAGCUGAACUGUAGGCUUGAGCGUGAAUGGCUCACUUUAUCAUAGCAGCAGAUACAUGGUGGUAGUGGUCAUUAUGCUUAGCUUUGCUAGUGAAGCUAACAAAGAUGGUAGGAUUGUAACAUUUGGUAUAAUGUCCCAGCUCCAUCAGCUGCAGAUAUAGGCAAAAAAUGCUGCAAGUUUUCUAUACUUGCAUAUGCUUUAAGACAAUACAAGAAUCUCAAACGCAGACAAACAAUGGUUUUAUGGUUAAGCUUGAGGGUCCAUUGUUGACCUUGGAAGUUUAUUGCUUAGUUAAGGCCACCAGAUGUGGUUGAAAGCUUUGAGCACACCAAGUAAACACACCUUCUGAUGAAAGAUUUUUGUCGAACUGGUUUUAAACUCAUUUAAAACACUUGACAUUUCGAACUGACCUUUGCCUCAAUCUGCAAAUGACCAGCUGGGUCUUGAAAUAAAGGUUUGUAGCUAUGAAAACAUAGAAAAGGUAGCUGGUAGAUGUUAUAUGUUCUGCACUGAACCUUGCUUUGCACAUGCUUCUUCAUCAACUGUAGCAUUUAUGCACAGGGAGGCAAAAAAAAAAAAUCUAAAGCUGUGAGUAAACACUUAUUCCCUUAGGGAUGGUUUUAUAGACAAGGAUUAAGCUGAGUCCUAGAUAAGAUUCGUUUUUUGUUUUUUUCCAGUUACUGUCUGCAUCGAAAUUUUGUUUUUGUCCAAUAAUUUUUUAAUGUCCUUCCUUUUUGUGUGGGAUACAACCAAUUACAUAUGUGCCACCAGAUAAGUCUGUAAAUUUGUAUUUGCAAUUAAUUGCUUCCAUACAAGAAUACAUUCUGUAACAGCAGUCUUUUGCAGAUGGUAUUCAACAUUAAUUUGGCACUACCUGGAUAGCACAGAGGGAGAAUAUAUUGAUUUUCAAAUUUUUGGUUAACAGGAAAAACAAUGAAGGAAACAAAUAAACAUCAGGAAAGGCAAUGCCCCUCAUUCUUAGUGUAAGAUUUACUGCAGACUUGGCUAAAACCAUGUCUAAGAAAACCACACCUGCCUCUGAUGUUUGCAGAGGGAUGCCUUAUACCAUAGAUAUGGCACACAGCUGGUACCCUUAAAUUAUAUGUGUAGGUAGAAAAAACCUGAGCUUUUUUUCACAACCAGUAAGUAAAUGUGAUUUCUACUAAUGCCUAGUCAUUCUAUUGACCUUGAUCUGCAAUAUCUGCAAUAUGACUCACUCCUUUCAAGCCUAUGAUACGUGUAAUUAAAUUUAAAACAGAUUUCACUCUAUUCAAUUCAUUACUGUUGGCACUUUUCUAUUGGAAAUUGAUACAAUGUUUUGACUUACCUUUGUGUUGUUGUUGUUGUUGUUGUCAUUGAUGUAAUUUUACAGAUCCAAAGGUGGUUUCCUGUACGAUAUAGUGGGGUAGUUAAACAGAUGGACUAAUCCUAAGUAUACCCUGAGUAAAUAUUAUUUGUGAAUGAUUAUCUUAAUUUGUUCAUAUAUGAUAGGAGGACCAGUUGUGUUGAGUUCAUCGCAUCAGGUUAGUGACUGCUGAUGUAGCAGAUGGAACCAUUCCAAAUGGUGAACGUAUGAAAUAAUCAUUGACAAAUAGUAUUUGAUCCAGGUAAUACAAAUUUUCGACAAAACGUCUAUCUAAAAAAAAAAAAAAUUAGUCCGGGAACAGAAUUGUUCCCCACCUGUGAAUUUCAUUCUUAUCAAGGUUUUGUUGUCCUUCAGUUGUCACUGUGUGUUUAUUGUAUUCAAAUGUGAUGGAGUUGCAAACUAUUAAGGUGUGCCUUAAAUAAUAAUGACUUUCUUUUUUCUGAACCAA